AUGGAUACAAUCGAAAAUUCGCACAUAUCAGCUCAUCAAAUAAAAUGUCUUAAAACCUUUUUAGAGAACACAGUUAUUCAAAGUCCUGAUAUACUGUUGGAUAUACUUUGCAGGAUCAAUAGAGUAUUAAAAACUUUCUACCAACAUGUAUCCAUUACCUCUGAUAAGAAUGCACUCUUGUAUUGCAGUAUUAUAGCAAAGCACCAACAAAUCUUGUUACAAUUUCUUACGAACGACAAUAAAUUUAUUGUGUAUACAGCCCAGAAAUUAUUAAUCCAAUGGAUCUUCUUUCUAUCUAAUAAAGAAUGUUUAGAUCAAAUUGAUGUGAUAGAAACUCAGGAAUCCUUAAUAACUGGUCUUUAUAACUUUAACUAUGCGUCUCUCGAGAAUGAACAUAGUAUUUCUUUUGGCACAGGAACUGAAGCUGUGCUUGAAAUUUAUCAUCACAUUUUGAAGGAUUUUAGGCAUCAAUUAUUACAAGAUAGUGAUGAAUAUUUUGAAGAGAAAAUAGUUCAUCAUGUUGGUUGGCUUCCUAAUGAAAUCUUGGUCCCAAUUCUCUCUAUAAUCGCUGAUAUAAAAAAAAUCGAACAAACAACUAUUAUAGUUGAUGCCGAACUUAUUAACGGAAUAAUGAAUGUUAUUAAGAAUCUUUCAAAGAAAAUUGAUAUGAAUACGAUUCAU